GCGCCCGGUUGUAUACCGAUAACUGACGCCAAAAGCAGCUGUUCAAGCGCGCUUCAUUUUCCAAACAGAAAAAAAAACUAAUUGUUAGCGUCCUUUGUAAAAUUGUUAAGUGUUAGAAAAAAACAAUUUGUGCUACGAAAGGACUUCCCAUGGACCAGUCUAAACAGGUUUUGCGGGACUACUGCGGCGAUGGCAAUGCCACCUGCGCCUCGUCCUUAAGGGAAAUCUCCUUGAUUGAGACGGUGACCAGUUUUCUGGAGGAGAAUGGUGCCUCGGAAAUCGACAGGAGGGUGCUGCGCAAACUGGCAGAGGCCCUGUCCAAAAGUAUAGAUGACACCAGUCCGGGAGCUUUGCAAGAUGUGACAAUGGAGAACUCAUUUUUCGAUGUGGCGCGACCUCAGGGCGGAAACCACUCACCCAUAAUGAUGCAAGGUCGAUCUGUGCGCGAGUUGGAGGAACAAAUGUCUACGCUGCGCAAAGAGAACUUCAAUCUGAAACUGCGCAUCUACUUCAUGGAGGAGGGUCAGCCGGGCGCCCGAUCAAACAACUCCCAGGACUCCCUGGGCAAGCAGCUCAUCGAUGCAAAAAUCCAAAUCGAAAUGCUGCGAAAAACCGUCGAUGAGAAGAUGGAGCUGCUCAAGGAUGCCGCCAGGGCCAUCUCUCACCAUGAGGAAAUGCAGCGAAAAGCUGAUUUCGACAGCCAGGCGAUAAUUGAUGAUCUGCAGGAAACGAUUCGCUCUUACCAGACGGCAGAGUCUGCCCAGACUGGCGAAAGCGUUGUUACAUUUGAUACAGAGAAGUUGAAGCGCCUUGAGGCGCAGGUUCAAAAACUGGAGGACGAACUGCUGGAGACCGACAUGCGUCAUACGGCGGUCAAGAACGAGCUGGAAUUUGCGCUGGCUGAGCGUCUGGCACUAACAGCAUGCGAGGCCAAGGUCGAGGAGCUGGCCUUUAAGAAUGCGAGCUGUGAGCGCCUCGAAAGGACACCGAAUCAUGCCGAUUCGGCAAACAAGGUCAUAGAACAACUUAAGGUUGAAAUCGGGGGCUGUCGGGCGGAAAUCCAGAGUCUGGUGACCUCCGUCGCUGCCUUAAAGCUCAAGCUGGCGAGUCAACGCAGCUCGUUGAAGGAGGCCACCGAAACGAUGGAAGUGCAGCGCCAAGACCAUCCAGAUUUUGGAAGUGAGUCUUCAACACCCGUUCCCUCAGCUAUCCUCUGCUCAAUUUGCAAUCCCCCCCUCCACCCCCCCCUUAUCAAGGGCACCUUCAAGCGCAAGGAUAAGGCGUACGAUGUGCUGAAAAACCUGGUGGAGUACGAGGCAUUGAUAGUUAAGCAAAACGCCGAGCUGGACAUUAUGCGGGAGGAGAACUUUUACUUUCGUGAGCUCUCCGACAACCUGCGGCAAAGGGAGCUGCGGCAACUGGAUCGUAGCGUGGCCAUCGUGCAGCCGAUGCGCACGCCGCCGGAUGCCGGGCGUCCUGUGCGGCAGUCGGGGGCCGUCGUCGUGCAAAAGCCUUUGCGAUUGGAACGCCGGACAGGUGACGUCCCUUCCCAUCCAGCGACCAGUGCGCUCAACUCCUAAACCGCAGGGCCACCACAGCAGACACGCAACUUUGCUGGCCGUGUCGGCGCCCAGCACGGCUUUCUACAACUAUUCGUUGCCAAGUUUCACUUUUCGGCAGUUCCUGUGUCGCUGGGGCUCAUAGCCCUAACCGCCCUUCUGUUGGUGCGGCUUCACAUGUGUCUUCAAAACGCCGGCGUGCCCUUACAGACCAAGCGAGAACUGGGCGCCCAGCUGGCGGACAAGAUGUGUGAACUGCAGGACGCGCAGGAGAAGCUCAAGGAGCGUGAGCGGAUCCACGACCAGGCUUGUCGCACCAUCCAGAAGCUGAUGCAGAAGCUGAGCAGCCAGGAGAAGGAAAUCAAGCGCCUUAACCAGGAGAAGGAGCCCUCGGUCAAUAAGGAGAACGACAGCAAUAAGGCGACUGUUUCACCAUCAACGACGGGCCGUUCCAUGAGUGACAACGAGGCCUCCUCGCUGGAAAUCUCCACCAAUCUCAGGGUGCGCUACGAGCUCAAGAUCACCGAGCAGGAGGAAAAGAUCAAGCAGCUGCAAGCGGAGGUCAAGAAGAAGACGGCCAACCUGCAGAACCUGGUCAACAAGGAGCUGUGGGAGAAGAACCGCGAGGUGGAGCGUCUGACCAAGUUGCUGGCAAAUCAGCAGAGAACCUUGCCGCAGAUUGGCGAGGAGACGGCCGCCGAAGCGGACCUGCAGCAAUCCUUCACGGAGGCGGAGUACAUGCGGGCACUGGAGCGCAAUAAGCUGCUGCAGCGCAAGGUGGACGUGCUCUUCCAGCGCUUGGCAGAGGAUCAGCAAAAUUGCGCGGUCAUCGGGCAGCUGCGAUUGGAACUCCAGCAAGCUCGCACGGAUGUGGAGACGUCCGACAAGUGGCGUCAGGAGUGCGUCGAUGUCUGCAGUGUGCUGACCAACCGACUGGAAGAGCUGGCCGGAUUCCUCAACUCUCUGUUGAAGCACAAGGAUGUUCUUGGCGUGUUGGCCGCCGAUCGUCGCCAUGCCAUGCGAAAGGCUGUGGACCGCAGCUUGGAUCUCUCCAAGAGUCUAAAUAUGACCCUGAACAUAACAGGUGCUUCCUUGGCGGACCAGAGCCUCGCGCAGCUGUGCAAUCUCUCCGAGAUACUGUACACCGAAGGCGAUGUUAGCCACAAGACUUUCAACUCCCACGAGGAGAUCCACGCCGCCAGUUCAAUGAGUCCGACGGUGGAGAACUUGAAGGCAGAGAACAAGGCUCUGAAACGUGAACUGGAGAAGCGCCGCAACACGGAAGGACAGCAGCUGCAACGCAAGGAGCGGCGCUCCCUGCCGCUGCAGUCCCAGCAGUUGGACCAAAGCGAAUCGGAGGCCUGGUCGGAGCCGGAUCGCAAGGUUUCCCUGGCGCGUAUUGGCUUGGACGAAACAUCCAAUAGCCUGGCGGCCCCGGAUCAGCCGGCCAGCGAGUCGGAGAGCGAGGGAAGAGGCUGCGCUACCCGACAGGAUCGCAACCGCAACAGCGAACGUAUUGCCCAGCUGGAGGAACAGAUUGCCCAGAAGGACGAACGUCUGCACGUGCAGUGUCAGUUGGUCGAUCUGGACAAUAGAUACAAGCAGGAGCAGCUGCGCUGUCUAGACAUCAGCCAGCAACUGGAGCAGUUGAGAGCCAUUAACGAGGCUCUGACUGCGGAUCUGAAGGCUAUAGGCUCACACGAGGACCAGCGGAUGGUGGAGCUGCAACGCCUGCUGGAGCUUAAGACCCAACAAAUUGACCAACUGAAGCUGACACAGAGCACUUUGACUGCGGACGCACAGAUAACCGAGAUGGAACUGCAGGCGGUGCAGCAGCAAUUGCAGGAAAUGGAGCAGCAGCACGCCGAUUCGGUGGAACACCUGCAAUCCGAACUCAAGCAGCACAAGCUGGAAGCGAUGAAGCAGUUGGAACAGCACGAGCAGCUGCACCAGGAGGCUCUAGAGCGCGACUGGGUGGCACUAACCAUCUACCAGGAGCAGGCGCAGCAGCUGUUGGAGCUGCAGCGCUCGUUGGACUAUCACCAGGAGAACGAGAAGGAGCUGAAGCAGACGCUCGUCGAGAACGAGCUGGCCACGCGGGCCUUGAAGAAGCAACUGGACGAGAGCACCUUGCAGGCCUCCAAGGCGGUGAUGGAGCGCACGAAGGCGUACAACGACAAGCUUCAACUGGAGAAGCGCUCCGAGGAAAUGAAGCUGCAGCUGGAGGCGCUCAAGGAAGAGCAACGAAAGUUGCAGCCAAAGCGCUCCAACAGCAGCGAUGUCUCUCAGUCCGGUUACACUUCCGAGGAGGUGGCCGUGCCCAUGGGUCCACCAGCAGGACAGCCGUCAUCAUCCAAACUGGCUGCUGCUGCAGUGGUCGCCCAGCGGGUCAACAAUUCAUCCCCAGAUCUGGGCAUUGAAAGCGAUGCCGGAAGGAUUUCAAGCGUCGAGCUAUCGAAUGCCCAGCGAGCGAUGCUCAAGACUGUGGAGAUGAAAAUCGAGGGCGCAGUCAGUGCAAAGACAAAGGCCGAGGAAUCCAGUUCACCCGACGGCACGACCAACCUGGCCACUGCUGCAGCCACAGCUCAUGACUGUGCCAAGGUAGAUCUUGAAAAUGCCGAGUUGCGGCGUAAACUAAUCCGCACCAAACGCGCAUUUGAAGACACCUACGAAAAGUUGCGUAUGGCUAACAAAGCAAAAGCACAAGUCGAGAAAGACAUCAAAAAUCAAAUACUAAAAACGCACAACGUGCUGCGAAACGUUCUCAACAUGGAGAAUGAGUUAUAACGAUCGCGCCGACGUCCUGAACAUCAGCAUUAACCCGAGAGGCCAUUUACCCAAUUAUUCAUUUGCCAUUUUCCAAUUGUUCUUGCCAUUUUUAUUUCUUGUCCGCAUUGUAUUUUGUGUCUCGUUGCUAACUUGUAUCGAUUCA